CUUAAAAAGUUAAUUCUUCUCAUUCUACUAAUUAAAGCAGAUUCCCAGCAGAAUCUUUAACACAUAAUAGCACUACAUAUAUUUUAUUUGAUCAUCACCCAACUAUGAAUAGCCAAUCUAAUUUUCAAGAAUCACAACACCGCGUACCCUCUACAACUGCUUUUCCUUCAUCAGUUGAUCAUAUGGAUCGGCAAAAAUGGGUUACAUAUAUUAUGGGUCAUCCACCAGUUCCAAGAACUCACCCGGACAAUCAGAAAGCUGCCUUAUGGAAAUCUCACGAGGACAAGCGACACGAUUUUCAGCACCAGCAACCUUACCUUGUGUAUUCACCUGUUGACAGGCGUAACAACAACAAUCCACUUGAAUCUGCUGCUCAUGUGUUAAACUCUUGGAGUGACAAAGCUGAGACUAUUAGUCGCAACGUCUGGCGUAACUUGAAAACUGGGUCAUCAGUAUCAGAAGCAGCAUUUGGAAAACUUAAAUUGACAGCCAAGGCUUUAAACGAGGGAGGAUUUGAGCCAUUAUACAAGCAGAUGUUUGCAACAGAUCCAAAUGAACAGCUGAAGAAGACAUUUGCUUGUUACCUUUCUACAGCAACCGGUCCUGUUGCUGGAACUCUUUAUUUGUCAUCAACCAAGGUGGCUUUUUGCAGUGAUCGUCCCUUAUCUGUUAGAGGUCCAUCUGGACAGGAGGCUUGGAGCUACUAUAAGGUGGCCAUACCAUUGGCAAACAUUGACAGUGUCAACCCAGUAGUCAUGAGAGAAAAUCCAUCAGAAAGGUAUAUUCAAAUUGUCGCCAUCGAUGGUCAUGACUUUUGGUUCAUGGGAUUGAUCUAUUUUGAGAAAGCAAAGCAUCAUCUCCUAGAGACUUUAUCACAUUUUAGAGGCCAACCUUAUGGUGGAUAUUGAAAUGUGGCACAACCCCUUGUUAAUCACUACUAUGUGAUGAAAUGUUAUGCGAGUGACAUUUUCUUGGAUUGUCCUUUGUUUGUCCCCCUAUAUAUUUCGAAGAGAUAUUAAUGUACCAUUGCUAGUAUGUUCCAUAACACAGAUUUUGGGUGUA